CAAAAUUAUAAAAUAAUGAGUUCAAAAAAAACAAUAAUACACAGUAAAUCUAAAGAUAAUACAACAUUAAGUGAAUGCAAUAUUCAAAUAGUUCCAUGUAAAAUAGAUUUUAACGGCAAAACAAGUAUUGAUAAACAUUUGAACAACUACAUUAUGAAAGAAGAAAAUGAUAUAUUAUCAACUUCAUUUCGUGGAUAUCCACUACGUGGCAAACAAAUUCAACUUGGAGAAGAUAUCACUGGUGUAGUGUUCGAAAGAAGUUUAGAUGAAUCGAAUAACGAAGUACAUUUACAUCCUAUAAAAAUAUUCAAAGAAUUCAAAUAUUGGAAUUGGGGAAAAGAUCCAAAUCAUAAUGAUGAUAUCCAGAAAGCUUUAGAAUAUUUUGAAAUAUCCGAAGCGCUUCAUAAACCAAUAACUGAAUGAUAAACGUUCAAGACAGAAAUUUUAAGUCAUUUUAAGAAAGAUAUCCACAACCUGUUGGCUUUAUUCAUAAUAAUGGAAAUAAACGCAUGUAUAUUCUGGCUUCAUUCUAGUUUAACAAUAAUAUGAAUUGCCACUUAUCCUUGGCGAACAUGGUCAUAUUAUCACUAGAUGAAAGAUUUAUUGGGUCAGAAAAUCAUCAAAAUUUAAGAAAUAUUAUUACCUGUACCCAAGAAAAACAAAUCACCUACAUUUAUUAACUAUAAUUUAAACAAUUGUUAUGUUAAUGAUAGGUAAUAGGGCAUGUGGGUAAGAAAAACCUCUUACUGCCAUGAAGUAUUACGGUUCCCCUCUUUUCUAUUAUUAUUACUUCAUGAAUAUUUUAUUUAAUGUGUAUAAAC